GCUGGUACUGGGGCGGUCUGACGGCGAACGAGGCCAAAGAGAUCCUUCAGGAGACGUCUGAGGGAACCUUCCUGCUGCGGGACUCGUCUCAGAGCGACUUCCUGUUCACCAUCUCCGCCAUGACGUCCGCCGGGCCGACCAACCUGCGCAUCGAGUUCAAACACGGCAAGUUCAAGCUGGACUCGGUGCUUCUGGUUCGUCCGCGACUACGCACCUUCGACAGCGUGGUUCACCUGGUGCAGCAUUACAUCACGCUAUCCAGGUCCGGAGACCGCGCGGCGAGGAGCUCUUCGUCUACGGUGAACUCUUCGUCCUCCUCUUCGUCCUCCUCUUCGUCCUCCUCUUCCUCGGUGCAGUUGUUGUUGACGCGCCCGGCGUACACGUCCUUGCCGCCACUACAGCAUCUGUGUCGCCUCGCCAUCAACAGCCGGACGCCACAGGUUCAGGACCUGCCGCUACCCAACAGACUGAAGGACUACCUGAGGGACUACAGCUAUCACGUGUAGCCCAGCUGGUGGGUUAGCACGUUAGCUCGGCUGCUAAGAUAACGCCUCUGUGAUGCUCUCCAGCAUUUGAAACAGGAAGUCAGGUAACCAAUAACUCCUCAGAUCCUCUUCUUCACUCUCUGAAACACAGAAGGCGUCUCUGACUCACCUGGAGGUCCUUUCUUCUUCUCUGGCUCUUUAGCGCUUAUCGAGACGUUGAGUUUGACGAUUUAACUUAAAGUCACAGAAAAUAUCAGAGAGAUUUUUAAACGAGCUUUAAGACGUUUACAUCACGUGAACUCUCGACAGCAAGAAGUCUCAUAUAUCUGAACCGCCUCCAUUGGACUCCUUUGUUUACUUCUGGAACAUAGUGACAUCACUAGGGAACACUCGCGCUCCUAUUGGCUAG